GAGGGGCCCUGUGGAGAGGGGGUGUUAGAGCACGUGACUGGGGUAAACCAAUGGCAGAAGGCGUGGCUGGAGGUGAGCCGCUGCGGCUGCUACAGCCUGGGAAGAAGAAGAAGAAAAAAAAGGGGGAAGAGCGAGAGUAAGCGGAGGGACGGAGAAGCUAGUGAGGCGGGCGGGGGAGGGGUGAGUGUCACCGGACUCCGACAAGCACCACCACAGGAGGGACACGGAUCGUCGCCAUGCCGAAUAAAAACAAAAAAGAGAAAGAACCGCCUAAAGUUGGAAAGAAUAUUAAAAGUGGAAAAGAAGGCCAAGAUAAUCCCGAGCAUGAAGGAUCCAACAAGAAGGCAAACAGUGCCCCUCCGCCGGCUCAGGUGUCCAAAAUAAAGGUACCGACUCCCCAAGCCGUGGUAAAGAAGGAAAAGCGUCAGAGUUCCUCAAGAUUUAAUGUGAGCAAUAACCGAGAACUACAGAAGCUGCCGGCUCUUAAAGAUGUUCCCCCAGCAGAACAAGAAAAGCUAUUUGUUCAGAAGCUACGCCAGUGCUGCGUUCUGUUUGACUUUGUUUCGGACCCCCUAAGUGACCUCAAAUGGAAGGAAGUAAAAAGAGCCGCUCUAAGUGAGAUGGUGGAGUACAUAACACACAAUCGCAAUGUGAUCACGGAGCCCAUUUACCCAGAAGUGGUCCACAUGUUUGCUGUGAAUAUGUUUAGGACGUUACCACCAUCCUCCAACCCAACAGGGGCAGAAUUUGAUCCCGAGGAAGAUGAACCCACAUUAGAGGCGGCGUGGCCUCACCUACAGCUUGUGUAUGAAUUUUUCUUGCGGUUCUUAGAAUCUCCGGAUUUUCAGCCGAAUGUAGCAAAGAAAUACAUCGAUCAGAAGUUUGUCUUGCAGUUAUUGGAACUCUUUGACAGUGAAGAUCCCCGAGAGAGAGACUUCCUGAAAACAACCCUUCACAGAAUCUACGGGAAAUUCUUAGGCCUCAGAGCUUACAUCAGGAAACAGAUCAAUAAUAUAUUUUAUAGGUUUAUUUAUGAAACCGAGCACCACAACGGUAUAGCAGAGUUAUUGGAAAUCCUUGGAAGUAUAAUAAACGGCUUUGCGUUGCCAUUAAAAGAAGAGCACAAAAUUUUUUUACUGAAGGUGUUGUUGCCGUUACACAAAGUAAAAUCCCUCAGUGUCUACCAUCCACAGUUGGCGUAUUGUGUAGUGCAGUUUUUAGAGAAGGACAGCACCUUAACUGAACCAGUGGUCAUGGCGUUGUUGAAGUACUGGCCGAAGACUCACAGUCCAAAGGAAGUCAUGUUUUUAAAUGAGCUAGAAGAAAUUUUAGAUGUUAUAGAGCCUUCGGAGUUUGUGAAAGUGAUGGAGCCCCUGUUCAGGCAGCUAGCAAAAUGUGUUUCCAGCCCGCAUUUCCAGGUGGCAGAACGAGCGCUGUAUUAUUGGAAUAACGAGUAUAUCAUGAGCUUAAUCAGUGACAACGCAGCUAAGAUUUUGCCCAUCAUGUUUCCAUCCUUGUACCGAAAUUCAAAGACACAUUGGAACAAGACCAUACAUGGUUUGAUAUACAAUGCUCUAAAGCUCUUCAUGGAGAUGAACCAAAAAUUAUUUGAUGACUGCACUCAACAAUUCAAAGCAGAAAAACAGAAGGAAAAACUAAAGUUGAAAGAACGAGAAGACGCUUGGGUUAAAAUUGAAAAUUUAGCCAAAUCUAACCCCCAGUUCCCUGUAUAUUCUGACACUUCUGCUCUGAACAGUCCUGUUGCCAUGGAAACAGAUGGGCCUUUACUUGAAGAUGUGCAGAUGCUCAAAAAGACGGUGAAAGAAGAGGCCUCUCAGGCUCUAAAAGAUCUAAAGAAAGAGCGGCCUCUUGUACGACGCAAGUCAGAAUUGCCUCAGGACAUCUAUACCAUGAAAGCCUUGGAAUCCCAUUGCAGAGCUGACGAAUUAAUAACCCACGACGGGCAUUAGACUGACAAUUAAAUCUUAUUUUCUGGAUUAUUAUUUUUUUUUCUCCUGAAGCAGUUACACCGUAGAAAACAAAACAAUUAACUUUUUUUUGUGCCAUACCCACCUGUUAACAGCAGUCAACACUUUCUUUGACCCGGUUCUGUAGGCAAUAACUAAAUACUGUACGCAGCUCAAGAUCAGUCGUUCAAACAAUGGUAAAAUACCCGUCUCCGCAGAACGUUGGGUGAAGUCUGGUGAAACCACAAGUCUCGAUUACACAUCUACUUCAGGCGGUCUACCAAGGCUUAGAGUGUCGCCGUGCGGUCGCUUCAGCAAAAUAACAGCCAUGCAAAUGAUGAUUUGGUGCUUCAAAGAAUCUGUAUAUUAGUCCGAGUACUAACUCUUCUUUGGUCUCUCUUAACCGAGUGUCGAGUAGAUUGGGGGGGGGGGACGAAGUAGGCUUUACUUGCAUGUGCUAUGUAGAGUUCAUUGGGAAACCAUUUUGACAAUCCCGAAUAGCGUUCUCUUUGGGUUCUGUAUAUUGUUUGCUUUUGAAUAAGCUCAUAUACCGUUGAAAGUACUUUCUGUGUAUCGAAAGCCAUAUUUUCGUCAGUCCUAAGUAUUACAGUACCUUUAUAUUAGAAGUGCACUAACACAUUGUUCGUAGGCCUCGGGUAACAAACGUCAAACUCAAAGGAAAACUAAAGUGUUCAAACCUUUUAUUGUUCUUGAAAUAAAAUACUGUUUCACUGCUGACCUUA